CCCUGCUGAGGGAAACGUGUGACGGGGACGCGCUUGGCUGUGACCGUGAGGAGCAUCGCCUCGCGGAUCUGGAGUCACACCUGGAUCCACUGGAAACGGAUUUACUCUUCUGGAAAAACCGAAGUCCACCGUGCGUAAAGACUGUGCGUAAAGACCGUGCGUAAAGCCUGCGCCAAAACCGGACUUUUCCCUUUGCUCUGCCCUUUGCGCACUACAGAGUCAACCUCCAGACACACACACACAGACACACACAAUUACGCACACACGCUCUCAGGUCUCAGUGCAGACACGUGUUUGCUGCGGAGGAGGAUGAGAUGAGCUGCGGCUCCGGUGGAUGAAACGCCAACAUGUCCUUUACGCACCGGCUCGUGCUGCUGCUGCUCGGCCUCAGCCUCGUCCUCACGGUCGAGGGAAAGUUUCCCAACUGUCAGUUCCACUGGGAGAUUCAGAGAGCGGAGACAGAGUGUCGCACGCAACUGCAGCAGCAGCAGCAGGCGGCCUCCAGCACAGGAUGUCACGGGCAGUGGUACAAAGUCGCCUGUUGGCAGAGCGCGGCGUUCGGCGAGGUGAUGACCCUGCCCUGCCCCUCCGCCCUCAUUCACGUCUUUGGAAAGUCAGGAAACCUCAGCAGGAACUGUACCGAGCGAGGCUGGUCGGACGUCUACCCCAUCAUCUUCGUCGCCUGCGGCUCCAACAGCGACGAAGACGAUCCCAGCGAGCUGGUUUUCUACAGGAUGGUGAGGAUCCUGUCGACUCUGGGCCACAGCCUGUCGCUCAUCACGCUGCUCACCAGCACCGUCAUCAUCUGUUUAUUCAGGAGGCUCCACUGCAUGAGGAACUACAUCCAUCUGAACCUGUUUGUGUCGUUCAUGCUGCGAGCCGUGGCCGUGCUGGCCAAAGACGCUCUGCUCUUCUCAGAUGAUGAAAACACCGACUGCAGCACGCAGCCGUCACUGGUGGGCUGUAAAUCCAGUCUGGUCUUCUUCAACUACUUCAUCAUGGCGAACUUCUUCUGGCUGCUGGUGGAGGGUCUCUACCUGCACACGCUGCUGCUCGUCAUCCACACCUACUCCACCCCGCUGUCCGUCUACAUGCUCAUCGGCUGGGGAAUCCCGUUUGUCUUCAUGAUGGCGUGGAUCGUAUGUCGUGUAACUCUGGAGGACACGAGGUGCUGGGAGAUGAAUGAAAACCCCAUCCCCAACAGACUCAUGAACUGGCCCAUCAUGGCGUCUGUCAUUAUCAACUUCGUGUUGUUCAUCAGCAUCAUUCGUAUCCUGGUGCAGAAGCUGCGCUGCACGGACGUGGGAGGAAACGAGCAGUCACAGUACAGACGCCUGGCGAAGUCCACCCUGCUGCUGAUCCCUCUGUUCGGGAUGAACUACAUGGUGUUCGUCUACCUGAUGGAGCCCCCGAAUAAAAACAUGAACCGCAUCAAGAUCUUCUUCGACCUCGGCCUCGGAUCCUUCCAGGGUCUGAUCGUGGCCGUCUUGUACUGCUUCCUCAACAGCGAGGUCCAGAGCGAGCUGAGGAGGACGUGGAGGGGCUUGUCCCUCAAGGGCUGCGUGGGGCGGGACUACAGGCCGCACGCCGCAUCGGUCGGCCGAAACGGCACCGAGAGCUCCGCCCAGUUUCCCAGGAGCUCCCGCGCCCCGUCCAUCCUGCAGACGGAGACCACCGUCCUCUGACCAGAGACUCGUGGACGUAGACUCGAGGGCUGGACAGUGAAGCCAAUGCGGAAGUGCCUGAAACCUGUAUUCUCCGGAGCGGCCAGCAGAGGGCGACUCCUCUUGAUGCAAAAGACGUUUCUGUAGAGAUUUAUGUCUCGAUCUCUAGUUUCAAGUCUUCUUCAACACGACUGAGGUUCAUUUUAUAAAUUAUGGUCCAUUUAGAGUCAAAUAGACCAUAAAGCACGGUGCGCAUUGGGGCGCAGUGUGAUUGACAGCUCGUACCGUC